GUCGUGCCCAAGGACACAACGGCAGUCACGAGGGUGGCGGAAGCCCGGAUCCUCAAAAUUGCUCGUUUCUACUUGAAAUACAGGGAUUCAACAUCAAAAUUCGAAUUUCAAAUGUGCUUUUCUGCGCCUGGUUUAGUAGCCACCCUGCGUGCAGACAACGUAAGUCUUUUAUUUUGGAAACUCUCGCCGGAAGCGCUCAAUGUCAUUGACUUACCUUAACGGUGGAAAAAUAGAAAGUUUUUCCACUUCUUCGGAGUUCUGGCGUUUUAACACGUGACGUCUAACCCCGAGCGCAUUUUUACAUCAACACUGACUGCUUUAUUGUCGUGCCCCGGAGCCGCGGCGCCGCUUUAAGGGACAACUUCCUGGGCGAGGACUGAAAGAAGCGGCGGCGCGGGAUAAGAAAAGUUAACGGAGUGGUGUUAGCUCGCGCAGCUAAAGCUAACUGUCCUUCGGCGUGUGACGUCACCAGAAGCAGGACCUCGCCUAACUGUCCUUGACUGUGACGUCACCAGAAGCAGGACCUCGCCAUGUCCUCCUGAGGACAGAUGGAGGUCCCCACAAGCAGCUAGUCCAGUCAGGAGUCACUCAGGAUGGCCGCCGACUCCUCGGCGAAGUUUAGCGUCCUCCAUCGGACCUGCAAGCUGGUGGUGCUGCUGUGCUUCCUCCACAUCUCCGUCACCCUCGUCUACUACGUCCGCUCUCUGGACACCACCUCCGCCUUCCUGCAACACCUGCACCAGCACAACACCAGCACCGCCCCCACUGCUGGUACUGGUACUGGUACUGGUACUGGUACUGGUACUGGUACUGGUCCCUCCAAGCCGCCCAUGGACGUCCCCAAAGAGGAAGGGGAGAAGAAGAAAGGCUUGGACAAAUGUCCUGAAACUUCUCCGCUGCUCGUGGGUCCCCUGCGGGUGGAGUUCAGCAGCCCGGUGAGCCUGGAGCUCAUCAAGGAAAACAACGGGCAGCUGGAGCCGGGCGGACGCUACAGACCCAAAGACUGCGAGGCGCUGCAGAAGGUCGCCAUCAUCAUCCCAUUUCGCAAGCGAGAAGAGCACCUCAAGUACUGGCUCCACUACCUGCACCCCAUCCUGCAGCGCCAGCAACUGGACUACGGAGUCUACAUCAUCAAUCAGGACGGAGACGAGAUCUUCAACCGAGCCAAACUGUUGAACGUGGGCUACACGGAGGCUCUGAAGGACUAUGACUACAACUGUUUUGUCUUCAGCGACGUGGACUUGAUCCCAAUGGACGACCGCAACAUUUACAAAUGUUUCAGUCAGCCUCGACACUUGUCUGUGUCCAUGGACAAGUUUGGCUUCAGGUUACCCUACAACCAGUACUUUGGGGGCGUGUCCUCCAUGUCCAAACAACAGUUCCUCACCAUCAACGGCUUCCCCAACAACUACUGGGGGUGGGGGGGCGAGGACGACGAUAUCUACAACAGACUGGCGUCCAAAGGAAUGUCCAUCUCCAGACCCACAGGUGAGGUGGGCAGGUGUCGCAUGAUCCGACACGAUCGAGACCGGAAGAACGAGCCCAACCCUCAGAGGUUUGACCGCAUCACCCACACCAGGGACACCAUGACCAAGGAUGGCAUCAAGUCCUUGUCCUACCAGCUGGUGUCCAGACUGGCCAUGGAUCUGUUCACCAACAUCACAGUGGACAUUGGCAGACCCUGACCACCUACAUCCGACAUGCUGGACCCGGUCCAACCCUGACCACCAAAUGUGCCUUCGGUCUGACAUGCUGGACCUGCUUUGGUUUGUGUCUGCUCCCUUAAAACCUAUCAAUCGCUCUCUCAAUCAAUGAACCGAUCCAUCGAUCAGACAAUUAUUGAUGUCGUCAACGUCCUCUCCUAAUUUGUUUUUUUUCUUCUCCUAAAUCAUUUGAAUCAAUGGUCUUCUGUUGCCAUGACAACUGAUUGCCAUCCUAUAAUGUGAGCCUGGACUUAAAGAUCAGCUUUAAUCACUUUUCAAGACUUCCAUGUAGACAAUCAUUGUUCUGUGACAGAUCAAUCAUUUAUUGAUCAGCUUGAAUCACUUGGUGUGUGUGUGUGUGUGUGUGUACAU